GUAAAGUCGAAUUUCUACGGUUAGGCGGACGAGUGGCUUGUUACCAUUAUCCAAUACAGGGUAUAGACGUGAAGAGGGUUGUGAGAUUAAAGGAUGAUGUAAAUAAGAAUAUAUAUUUGUACUGCAACACACAAUAAACAAUUAUAAGCUAAGUUUUCAGAUGUUUUCAUUAAAAAAUGUCCUUGGCCUUCAAACCAGAGGUUUUUCCACAGGUUUGAGUGUAAAUGAAAAAAUGUGGAGAUUACCAUUUUUCCCACCGGCAGCAGUUUGGCCCAAUUAUAAGGAUAACUACACUCACAGGAGGCAUCGAACGAAUAUAUUUUAUAACACCUACGGGGUUCAGAAACAAUCCACGAUGAAAUGUGUUGAUAAUUCGGCGCUUAGUCGGCAGUCUCAAGCUAUGGGUCGUCCAGCAAUGAUAAUCCAGGUUUACUCAGAGAAACAUAAACAUAGACCUCAUGAGGCUCAGGGUAAACUAGGUGACCGUGUGCUUUGUGCUGUAAUGGGACAGAAGAAAAAGGGAAUUAUUGUUGGAUUAAAAGCAAAACAAUUGCAUGGAAUACCGAGGUUUGACAGUAACAAUGUGGUUCUGAUUGAAGAAAACGGGAAUCCAAGUGGAACAAGGAUCACUGCUCCUCUUCCAAACGUGAUCCGUCCAAUCCUGAAAAGGGAUUCCAAUCCAAAGAAAGCAGACUACACUAAACUUUUAGCAAUUGCCUCCAAUUGGAUUUAGUUUUAAAAACAAAAUUAAUUCGUACUCUAAAAAUUUUUUUUUAUCUUCUGUCCAAAACACUUUGUUGUUAUAACAUGACCCUUUGUAAAUGAUACUCGAGUUGAACAAGGGAAAAUUUAGCGUCGGGGAAUUAAAAUCCAGCUAGUUAGAAGUUUAAAAACAAAAUGCCAUUUAGAAAAGAUAAUAUUAAGAAUUCCUUGUUUCAGAA